GCUUGAAAAGUUUUCACAAACCAGAUAAAGACCUCCAAUUCUUGUAUAACAGUCUAUUUUUCCUUUCUAGGCGAAUGAGGAAGGAGGAUUGGAUCGUCAAAUGGGCAAUAAAACAGAUUGUGCGUUGCUGGGUUUUGUUGGCACGUUACAGGAUCACUAUAACUACUAUCGAGGAAAAAUGCCUGAAGAAAGUUUCGUGAAAGUGUUCACAUUUAACUCGUCCAGAAAAUCCAUGUCAACUGUGGUUCCACUAACCGACGAGAAGGAUCAAUUGAUUGGCUAUAGAUUGCAUUGCAAGGGUGCCUCUGAGAUAGUGUUGUCGAAAUGCACGUCUAUCAUUGGUUCAGAUGGCUCGAUGACGUCACUAAGUAGUGAAGAACGUCGUACUAUUGUGAAGACAGUGGUUGAACCAAUGGCUGAUAAUGGACUGAGAACGAUAUGUAUGGCAUAUAAAGAUUUUGCCAAGGAUACAACACAAGACUGGGAGGAUGAGUUAGCUGUCGUGUCAGAAUUGACAUGUCUUGGUAUUGUUGGCAUUGAAGAUCCAGUUAGACCAGAGGUAAGGAAACCCUCAAUUCCUUUUCAUUGAAAAACAAGAGCUGCGGCGAUGUUUAAAUCUUGUACGAAUUAUGUUUCAUUCAUUUCGCCAAAAUAAUACCUGGUCGUGGAUUUGCAGUUUCCGCACCCUACCUAGCUUUUGGCACAGAAAUCACAGAUCCGGAUCUUUUUGAAGUUUUCGAGGAGCUUGAUGCAAUGUUCAUACCCAGUCCUUGGCGUUAGUUCUGUUCUGGCUAUAUGCACAUAUAUCAUUUAACGAAUGUCUGUGCCUGUGUUUUCAUUUAUAAAAAGAAUUAAUAAAAAAGUUGAGCUAUACCCCACCUAUUAGGUUUUUAGUAUACAGUAUAGGUAAUAGCAUGGUUUCGAGCGCAAUUUGGCUAUAACAUGCACGAGUGAGUUUUUCAAAGACCUCGAAAUAGCACGAGUCCGAAGGACGAGUGCUAUUUGAGGUCUUUGAAAAACUCACCCGUGCAUGUUUACCCAAAUUUCGCGAGAAACCAUGCUAUUACUUAUUAAAAUUUACAUAAAAAUGUUCGAGACAAUAGUGUAGUUUUAACUUACGUUCAUAGCGAACAUUCCACUUUGCAAAGUUUUCCUGGCUUUGUUAUAUCACAUUAUACAACGCCAACAGCUUGAAAAUUCCACUCAACUAUGUAAUUUUUGUUAGUCUUGUUUAAGGUAAAGGCUUUUCCAUUUAAAAAUAAAGAUAAAAGCCAUAUUUUCCACGCGAAGUCAACUUUUACUUUAUGUAGCUCGGCGCCAUGUUUGUUUUGUUUUGAAGCAAUCUGUGACCGUUACUUAUUUAAACCAUGUUUAAACUAAACUGCUUUAAACUGAUUGGUUGAUUUUAUCAUCACAAUGUUUUUCCACCAAUCAAAUCAGUUUGUUAUAGAUUUUUGCACUGUGAUUACAGAAAAUUGCACUGUGAUUACAAAAAAUUGCACUGCUGUUUGGGAUUAAGUGCACUGAAAUCAACCAAUCACAGUCGAGUAAUAUUUUUAUGUAUAUUAUUACAACAAGAAAUAGGAAACCCAGGUAUUAACCGAGAUAUUUAUGUAUCAUGUCAAUCCUAGGUACCAGAUGCAAUCCAAAGUGUGCAACGUGCUGGUGUUACUGUGCGUAUGGUUACUGGUGAUAACGUCGCCACGGCUCGCUCCAUUGCAAUAAAAUGCGGAAUUUUGAAUAACAACGAGGAAUUCUUAGUCUUAGAGGGAAAACAGUUUAAUAAGAAGAUACGUGAUAAAGACACAGGAAAGGUGAGCAAUGAUAGAGAGAAUAAUAUUAACAUUACAGUAGAUGGCAAAGUCGUGAUAGUGUUAUCAAUUAUAUAAGGUAUGUACCCAUAAGAUUCAUUACUAUCCCCAAAAUUAGUUCUGCUAUGGGUUAGGCUUUGGAUAAGAUUAGGAAUUAACCUUUCUCACUCCGCCAUUUUUGGGAUACUGCCUUUUCCAAAUCUGAGAUUGUACGCAGUGAAUAAGGGAUUUGUAAACUAUAAUUGUGAGUAUAAUCAUUAUAAGUUAAUUUACAGUUGAAUAUUCGAAAAAAUGUUUUCACAUCUCGUAGAUUUUUCAGAUCGUUUCAAAAAUUUACCCAAAAAUGGCGAAUUUGGCCUUCGUGAGAAAGGCUAAUUGUAUGUAAAUUGAUAUGGAAAGGCCGAUUCACACUACACAACGUUUGCCUAAAACUACUGUAUCGCAUGCAACCUGCUUCCAACUCGAGUUGUACUACAUAAAUGAACCACACAACUCGUCUACGUUGUCAUAAGUGAGUUGUGUGCUUGAUUUACACAGUAUGCAACUUUGAAUAAAUCGACCUUAAGCAAAUGAACUGGAUAUAUCGUCUCUCCGUCUAAAGCAGUUUUCAUACGCCCCUGGUCUGUGGUCAUAUCUCAUUGGUCUAAGUUGAGGGGUUGAAAUUUUAAUAUCUUUUUAGUCGCCCAAGUGGUUGGCAGUGAAUAAGGUCUGGUCACCAAAUAUAGUCAAUGUGUUAUGAAUUAUUCCAUCUGUAUAUAGAUUUAGCAUAAUUACAUAGGUGAUUAUUGAAAAUGCUCCACGCUGGUUGCCGUUGAGGUGAUUAUUACGCGAUAAUCACCUAAGCGAUUUUCAAAAUGGCGGCCGAAGCAUUUUUGUCAAUUAAAUGACAAAGAAAUGUGUAUUUUCUUAUUUUUUUCCAAAUAAUCACCUAUGAAAUUAUACUAAAACAAUUAUUCACCUCGGGCUCGGUGAUUAUCGUGAAUAAAAACUUCGACUUCGUCUCGGUUUUUAUUCACCGAUAAUCACCUCGCCUUCGGCGAAUAAUUGUUAAAUAACAUAAAAAAAUGUUGUUUAAUAUGCUGGAAAUUAUAUAACCAAAAGCAGAAUGAAAUACUUGAGAUACUGAUAUGUUUUAAACAUUUUUCAGUCGCCGCGACGGCUGCUUUUGGUAAAUGUCUGGUCGCUAGAUGAAAAAGUUGAUCGCAUUUGGCGUACGGCAUUUCAACCCCUGCCUAAGUUAUGUUCUCAUUUGAUAUCACAAACAUUCUGUGUGAUAAUUCACUAUCAGGCAUGCAAUAUGAUAUGCAAAAACAUAUAUGGUAUUACCGUAUUUCAUGUAAGGAUCACUUGCUAUAUGAUUGCUAGGUAAAUCAAGCUAAACUAGAUGAAAUCUGGCCCAAGCUGAGAGUCUUAGCUCGCUCAUCACCAGAAGAUAAAUAUAUAUUAGUGAAAGGAAUCAUUGACAGCAAGCUGAGCAAGAAUCGUGAGAUUGUUGCAGUCACUGGGGAUGGAACGAAUGAUGCUCCUGCGUUGAAAAUGGCUGAUGUGGGAUUUGCUAUGG